AUGACGUCGGUCAAAGUGGCCGUUCGUGUUCGCCCAUUCAAUGCACGUGAACGAGCACGGCAAGCCAAGUGUAUUAUUCGAAUGGAUCAACGUGAACAAACUACAUUCAUACGGAAUCCAAUUGAUGAUUCAGUUAAACAUUACAAAUACGAUUAUUCAUAUUGGUCAUGUGACGAAAAUGUUAAUAACCAAAAAUUUGCAACACAGCAACAAGUUUAUCAAGAUUUGGGUAUUGAAAUGCUACAACAUGCCUUCGAGGGGUAUAACGUUUGUAUAUUUGCUUAUGGACAAACUGGGGCAGGGAAAUCGUUUACCAUGAUGGGAAAGAAUGAAUCCGAACAACAAGGGAUUAUUCCACGUUUAUGUGGAGAACUAUUUGAACGUAUUACGGCAUCAACGUCACCGACAACAUCAGCACGUAUUAAACCCCGCUACACUGUCGAAGUUUCCUACAUGGAAAUUUAUUGUGAACGUGUACGUGAUUUACUUUCACCAAAGAAAAGUCAAUCAACUAACGUGGGUAGUUCGCAUAAUUUACGUGUUCGAGAGCAUCCAAUCAUGGGUCCAUAUGUCGAAGAUCUUUCUCGUUUACUUGUUACAUCUUAUGACGAUAUAUCGCGAUUGAUUGACGAAGGAAAUAAGGCUCGUACAGUGGCAGCAACAAAUAUGAAUGAAACAUCAAGUCGAUCGCAUGCUGUAUUCACGAUUUUAUUUUCACAAUCGACACAUGAUGAAAUGACUGACUUAACAGCUGAAAAGCAAUCGAAAAUUUCUUUAGUCGAUCUGGCUGGCAGCGAACGUGCCGAUGCCACAGGCGCAACGGGUGAUCGCUUGAAGGAAGGUGCAAAUAUCAACAAAUCUUUAACAACGCUAGGAAAAGUCAUUGCAGCUUUGGCAGAAAUGAGUUCAAAAAGUCGCAAACCACGUUCAGACAAGAAAUCUGACUUCAUACCAUAUCGAGAUUCCGUUUUGACCUGGCUAUUAAAAGAAAAUCUCGGGGGUAAUUCGAAAACAGCCAUGAUCGCUGCUAUCUCACCAGCUGACAUUAACUAUGAGGAAACUUUAUCGACACUUCGAUAUGCUGAUCGGGCCAAAGCUAUUGUUUGCAAGGCUGUUAUUAACGAAGAUGCGAAUGCUAAACUGAUACGUGAUUUGAAAGAGGAGAUCGUGAAAUUACGAGAGUUAUUGAAAAUCGAAGCUGGUAUUGAUAUUUCACCUGAUGGGGCAUCAACAUCAAUUUUAUCAACGCCUGCAACGACAACAACUACUACAUCAAAACAUGAAUGGUUGAAGCGUUCUUCCUCGCAAAGUAGCGAAGAUGCGCUGGAACGUUUGAAAGAGAACCAGAAACUGAUGGACUCAUUAUGUAUGUCAUACGAAGAGAAAUUGAAGAAAACAGAAAAGAUUAUGGCAGAACGAGAAGCAGCAUUUCAUGAACUUGGGGUUUAUUCGAAAAAUGAUGGAAAUGCCGUUGGCAUCUUUUCACCCAAAAAUUCUCCUCAUUUGGUGAACUUGAACGAAGAUCCAUUAAUGUCGGAAUGUCUGAUGUACUUCAUAAAAGAUGGUACAACAUGCGUUGGUCGUCCCGAUGCUCCCACUCAUCAAGAUAUCUGCUUGUCUGGUUCUCAUAUCGAAUCUGAACACUGUAUAAUUACGAAUUCUCAGAAUGUUGUUCACUUAAAACCAUGUAGCAAAACAGCGAUGUGCUAUGUCAAUGGAAAAAAAGUUGAUUUCAAUAGUACAGUCGAAUUAACAUCGGGUUCACGUGUCAUCUUUGGUAAAUCUCAUGUUUUUCGUUUUCUCAAUCCGGAACAAGCACGAAAGAAGAACACAAAAGGAGAAACUACUGGUGAACCUACAGAUUGGAACAGUGCAAUACAAGAAUUGAUGGAGAAGCAGGGUAUCGAUAUUAAACAGGAAAUGGAGAAGAAAUUAAUGACAAUGGAGGAAGCAUUUAAACGAGAGAAAGAAGAAGCGGAUCGUUUGUUACGUGAACAAAAACUUGAAUACGAGACGAAAAUAGUUGAAUUGCAAAAACAAGUGAUGGAAACAUCCAUGAGUCAAUCGAUGUUAUCAUCAAUAUUGUCAUCCUCAGGUUUGGUUGAUACGUCAACAUUUAUGCAACAGCCAUUUCAACAAGAUUCGUACGAAAACGACAAUGAUACACUUAGUUAUUGUUCGUGGUCCGAACAGGAUUAUCAAUUAGCUUGGUGGGCAUGGAAGAAAUGGCGAUAUCAUCAAUUAACAUCAUUAAGGGAUUAUUCGAAUCGUAUUCAACCUAUUUGGUUGAUUAAGGAUCUUCUAUGGGGUAACAGUGUUUAUCUUAAAGAAGCGAAUGCUAUCAGCGUUGAAUUACAUAAGCGUGUUCAAUUUCAAUUUAUUCUUUUAACUGAUACACUCUACUCGCCAUUACCUGCGGAUCUCUGUUCGUCACCAUCGUCAUCACAACGUACGAUCGUUGCGGUUGAAGUACAAGAUUUAAAGAACGGGGCUGUACAUUAUUGGACGUUAGAAAAAUUUCGAUCACGUUUGGAAACCAUGCGUCAAAUAUACAAUUGUGAACAAGUUUCAAUCUCACGGGCAGUCAGUUGCAACGACAUGAGCGAUUCACCAUCGCAAAAUGUUCUUACAUCAUCAGACACUCGACAUUCAAGUUUCGAUGAUUCGAUUCCAACUCCGACUGUCAAAGGGCAAUUUGACUUUUCAUCCAAAGCAAGACAACGAUUGGAAUUAAUGCGUGAAAUGUAUACCAACGCUGCUGAUACAUCACCGACUUCACCCGAUCGAGCGCAAGAGCUUUUGGCUAAUAGCGAUGCAAAAGUCAUUGCUCUCCAGACUGAUCCAUUCUAUGAUCGUUUUCCAUGGUUUCGACCUAUUGGAAGAGCAUUUGUCUACUUGACGAAUCUUUUAUAUGGGAUACCAUUGGUACAAAAUGUUGCUAUUGUUUCCGAAUGUGGUGAAGUUAAAGGUUACUUGAAAAUAGCAGUGCAGCAAUUGCAAACAUCGGAUACAGCAGACGAACAGAUCAAACUGAUGAAAACAUAUAGAAAUGCUAGUGGAAUGACGAAAAUUGCGUUUGACGAUGAAACUUAUUUUCAAGCGAUGAAAAGUCCAUCAUCAAUUGACUUGAUUAAAUCAUGCGACUCAUUGGAUCCGAAUCUUCGUUUCGUUGAGGGCCGAUCGCAGCAUGGUCUAAGUGAUGCUUUACAACAAAAAUCGACACCUGAUGUUCCAUCACCAUCUAAUCCUUUGAAACCUAAUGUAAUGGCGACUAGUGACAUUCCAUCGAAUGAGUUAUUACAAAAACUCGGCGUCGACUACCAAUUUCGUGUGACAGUGCUAGAAGCAUCUCAAAUAUCAUCGGAUUACGCCGAUAUAUUUUGUCAAUUUAACUUUCUUCAUCAACAUCAAGAAGCCUAUUCAACUGAACCGCUGAAAAAUCAAGGCAAGCCAGGACCGCCAUUGGGUUUCUUUCAUGUACAAAAUUUCAGCGUUGUUGUCACGCAUGCAUUUAUUGAUUAUCUGCGAACUAAACCGAUUAUCUUUGAGGUUAUGGGUCAUUAUCAAGAACAUUCGAAUUCGACACAGAAUAGCUCGUCGACGUCAAAGAAUACACCAGCACUCUCAGCACCGUCAGUGGCAUUUUCCAAACCAGUUCCUGCUCAAACGUUAAACCCAGUGACGCCUGCUAGUGCGAUAAAUCAAGUUCAUGCGACUCACGAUCUUAUUGUUUGGUAUGAAAUCUUCGAAUUGUCUCCUACUGGAGAAUAUGCUGCUGUCACUGUUGAUCAUUCUGAUGAUGUUCCAUGUUCAGGUCGAUUUAUUCUUCAUCAGGGUAUUCAACGUCGUAUUGGAAUUACACUUUGUCACGAGUCAGGUUCAGAAUUUAUUUGGAAAGAUGUUCAAGAAGUUGUCGUUGGUCGCAUACGUGGUCAACGUGAUUCUGUCUUCGAUGAAUCUGAUGGUCAAGUUUUAUCACUGAAUAUUAUUUCUGCGCGUUACAUUCAAAAACAGCAUGAUGAACGAACAUUUUAUCAUUUCGAAGUCGCAUGGGAUUCGUCAUUGCACAAUUCCUUGCUACUCAAUCGUUGUACAUCGAGCGGCAAUUCAGUGUAUCUGACUAUCUCAUCGUAUUUAGAAGUCGAAAAUUCUUUUCAGCCAGCAAUUGUGACAAAAGAUCUUUGUCUCGUUUUGUAUCCUCGUGGCGGAGAUUCAACAUCGCGUAUACGUUCAUCGUUGAAGAACUUUUUUAUGGCCACCAAUUCCACAUUGGCUUCAAUGACAGAAUCAUCGAAUGAACAUUCAAAUCGUGUCUCAGCUGUUUAUGAAUUGAAAGUACGACGAGCAACACCAAUGAAUGCAGCGAUGCAUGAUCCAUCUGCCGUCAGUCCUGGUCUCCAACGUCGACAACGAAAAAUAGUCGAUACAUCAAAAAUUUAUGUACGUGGUGAAGAAAUGCUCGAAGGUUGGCGACCAAGAAGUGACUCUCUAAUCAUCGAACAUCAACAAAACUUAGAGAAACUAUAUAAAAUCGAAUGUGUCGAACAAACAAAACAUUUCCUAUUGGUGAAAAAUCGUCGAGACAAUCCGUUGACAUCGCCGAGCGAUAACUCUCCUGAUCAAUUAAAAUAUGCCUUACGACCAAUUGAUCCAUCAAAGACACUUGACAUACGACAGCAAAACCUAGUGCGUCGAUGUGCAUCUAUGAUGAUACCUCCGCCUCCAAUUCCAUCGAAAUUAUCCGUGCCCGAAAUUGAAGUCAUGGGCGAUCAUUUAACGGCAGAAGAUUUUGGAACAGUUUCUUCAUUAUUAAAAUCAACAUCAACCUAUUCAUUUGGUACACAACCAUUGAUCAACACAGCGCAUAUGAUCAACUCAUUCAUCAAAGCAUCAUCAAGCAGUUCGAAUCUUUCCAGAUUUAAACAUCUCGAUCCAUCUUAUUCGAUAUCUAAUUUGCAUCAAAUUAGUAGCAUGACUGGCUCAAUAUCGCCAAGUAUGCCGAAAUCUCGUUCAAUGGAAAGUCUUAUGAAUACAUCGGGCAUUGCAUUGAAAUAUAUAACAUCGAUUGAAGAAGUUCGCAUAUCGCCUGUCGUGUCACGCCGAGGAUAUUUGAAUUUCUUAGAAGAGAAAGGCAUGGGUUGGGUAAAGAAGUUUGUGGUCGUCCGACGGCCAUUCGCAUUUAUCUAUAAUCACGAAAAAGAUCCGGUGGAACGGGCAUUGAUCAAUCUUGGAACUGCUCGUAUUGAAUUUAACGAUGAAGACAUAGCGAAUGGAACAAGAAGUGCACGAAAUACAUUCUCAAUUGUGUCCAAGUAUCGUGGUUUUCUCAUUCAACCGUUGGCGGAAAAGGAUGUCCAUGAUUGGCUUUAUGCAUUUAAUCCUUUGCUUGCAGGACAAAUAAGAUCUCGUUCAUCAGGUCGACCGAAACCAACGGAAUAA